CCGCCGCAGGGGCCCCUGUCGGCUCUGGGAGCGUCGCUUCCGGCGCGUCGCUUCCGGCCGGUUGCGGGCACCUCCGUCUGAGGCGCGGCCCGCCCCCGGCCCGGCGGCCGCGUAGAGCGGGGCGGAGGGACGAUGGCCGCCCCACGGUGAGGCGCUGCCCGCCCGGCCUCCGCUCCACACAGGACGGAAGGCUCUGCUCGGGCCUUCCUUCCGCGAUGCGGCCUCUCCUACACCCCAGCCUCACGCCGAGCCCUCGGGGCGUGGGAGCCCACCCUCCGCGGCCACCAGGCCCCGUGCCGGGCGCGCCCCGGCCAGCAGCAGGCGGCCCCGGUCGUUUCCUCGGAGGCCACCCUCUCCGACGCGCGGUCCGCGGCCCACUUUAAACGCCGCGCGCCCUUAAGGCCCCGAAGUGAGGCGGGGUCUCCCGGUGUGGAGAAGGCGCCGCGCCCCCCACCCGCCCUGCCCGGAGGCCUCGCCCCCUCGGCGCUCCCCGAAGUCGGGUGGCCCACCUAGUGGGGUGGGCGCCCUGUCCACGGCUGCGAGCGGCCCGCGCGGUCGCCGAUGCUCGGCGCUCUCCCACCCCCGGCUGUGCACGGAGACCCCGCGCUGGCUGUCUUCCCGCGGCCCCGCUGCGACCGGACAAGAACUGCUUCUCUCUGAAAGCUCCUUGAGUCGCGUGGUUUAAGAAAGAAGAACAGGCCGUGGAAACACGAACUGGAGUCCAGGAAGGCGUCUGUGACCCCACCAGGACUUGGCUUGAGCCUGCGUCCCCUGACGAGGGGCGAGUGACGGCCACCACUCUCCGGGUGGUGCAGGCCUUCACCCGGGAGCCAGCCCGACCCAUGCUGCCCACGGUCCGGAGGAGACAAGCAUGUCAGCCUCAGCAAAACCCUCGGCGCUGGCAGAGCUGGCCCCUGGCCCCGAGGACCAGCCCAAGGGGAAGCCGCUCCUCGGCUGGGGCUCUCUCUUCGGCCCCCGCAGCGAAAAGAUUGUUUUCAGCAGGAGCGAGGGCGCCCCCGAGGAGAACGUGCUCACCAUCACCAUCACGGAGACCACGGUCAUCGAGUCGGACCUGGGCGUGUGGAGCUCCCGGGCUCUGCUCUACCUGACGCUGUGGUUCUUCUUCAGCUUCUGCACCCUCUUUCUCAACAAGUACAUCCUGUCCCUGCUGGAAGGGGAGCCCAGCAUGCUAGGUGCUGUGCAAAUGUUGUCAACUACGUUUAUUGGAUGCAUUAAAAUAUUUGUUCCUUGCUGUUUGUAUCAACACAAAACCCGGCUUUCUUAUCCCCCCAAUUUCAUCAUGAUCAUGCUGUUUGUGGGUCUAAUGAGGUUUGCGACGGUGGUUUUGGGUCUGGUCAGCCUGAAAAACGUGGCGGUUUCGUUUGCUGAAACAGUGAAGAGCUCUGCUCCCAUCUUCACCGUGAUUAUGUCCCGGAUGAUCCUCGGGGAGCACACGGGGCUGCUGGUCAACCUCUCGCUCAUCCCCGUCAUGGGAGGCCUGGCACUGUGCACGGCAACGGAGAUAAGCUUCAACGUCUUGGGGUUUUCGGCCGCACUGUCCACCAACAUCAUGGACUGUUUGCAAAAUGUUUUUUCAAAAAAGCUCCUCAGCGGGGACAAAUACAGGUUCUCGGCCGCGGAGCUCCAGUUCUACACCAGCGCGGCGGCCGUGGCCAUGCUGGUCCCCGCCUGGAUCUUCUUCAUGGACUUGCCGGUGAUUGGGAGAAGUGGGAAGAGCUUCAGUUACAGUCAGGACGUCGUGUUGCUGCUGAUGAUGGACGGCAUCCUGUUCCACCUGCAGAGUGUCACGGCCUAUGCCCUCAUGGGCAAAAUCUCCCCCGUCACUUUCAGUGUCGCCAGCACCGUGAAGCACGCCUUAUCCAUCUGGCUCAGUAUUAUAGUGUUUGGCAACAGAGUCACCAGCCUGUCAGCCAUCGGCACCGUCCUAGUGACGGCUGGCGUCCUGCUCUACAACAAAGCCAAGCAGCGCCAGCGGGAGGCCAUGCAGAGCCUGGCUGUGGCCGCCAGCCCAACACCAGAGGACGAAGCGGAGCCACUGACCCCCAAGGACCCCAGACCACACCACUGAGCUCUGGAAGCUGCGGCAGGUGGCCAGAGCCCCCAAGCCGCUGCCCACUGCUGCUGUUCCCCUUACCGACGCAGACACCCGGCCUCCUUGGGUCAGUGGGGUGCAGGAGGCCACGGGACGGGCCGCCUUCGCCGCUCCCAUUUCAGGUUUUCAGUGAAAACCAGUGGGAGCUUGAACGGGGAUCCCAGAUGUCCGCUUCCUGGGGUGGAGACCGGAGCCAGCUGCCGCUGAGCCACGGCCAGAUAAUGUGAAAUCUGCCUCCUGCUGACCCUGUGCUGAGCACUCGCGAGGGGGUGGGACUUCCAGAUGGCCUCUGCACCCCCCGUCACCAGCUUGCAGGUCUGGUUGCAGUUAGGCCACGCCCUCGUUCUCUGUGUGUGACCGCUACUGGGGACCCCUGUGAAGUGACAGCUGGAUCCGGGUGCCAAUGCGCACUGCUCCCCGCUGCUCGGUGCCAGCACAGAGAGCUCAGCUCCCCCUGCUCGCCGUCAAAGGCCCGUGAAGGCACACUCUGCUCCUGGGCCAUCUGGGGAGACUGUCAUGCUGAGAGAGGGCCAAGGCGCCCACGCCCUGGGCCGGAGGCCACAGCAGCUGAGUGCACAGAGCUAGGAGAGUGGAAAGGGAUCAGACGGGCACAGAAAUGAGGGUCCCUGCUCCUGUGGGCAGGAUGUUGGGCCCUUGCCUUCCUGCCCCAGAGCUGCCAGCAUCCAGCACCACUUAGGGAAAGGUGCCUCGCCCCUUUCAGGGUCUCCACCGCACUAGGCCCUCCACCUCCCGAAAGUCCCAACCCUCACCUGUGGCUGGCGCUUCAGUCAGGGACCCCCGAUGUGGUGAUUGCUGGUCACAGAGGUAGAGGACAGACAUCUGUAGUGUUUAACUCAGGAUGGGGACAUACUGACCUUCCCUUUUGUUUUCUGGGCCUUCGUGUGUAACAGAGGCUGUUCUGAAGAGUUCCCUGCAGGUGCCCCUGCCAUCACUCACCUGGUCGGGAGCCACGCCAUAUUUUGUCUCAAGCACAAGGGUGUUAAGGUUUUCUCUCAUGAAUGAAUGAGCAGGUGGAGUGCUGGGAAGACCUUUUGGAGUGUUUAUGGCUUUUGUCACACUGCAUUUAAAAUGACUGUAAAGGUGUUAAAGAAGAAAACCCAGGCACGGGUGGCUUCUGGAAAGCACCCUGUAUGGCAAGUAACCCGUACUGAACCCACAGCCUGGCUCAGCCUGGCUCUCCCCUCCCAGAGCGAUGGACCCACCACGCUGGGUAUCUGAGCCCUGUGUCGGGUUGAGGCUCCUGACCUCUUCACCCUAUUCCUCUUCCCACAUCCUGGUGGGGUUUCUGAUCAGGGCACGUCCGCUGCCAGCCAGGCUUUAAUACCUCUCCGUGGCACCAGGUUCAAGCUCUGGGGUGUGUCAUGUGCAGCCCAACACGGAGGAUGAGGUUGGCCACACGGCUGUCUGGGGCCUGCCUGCUGCAGCUGAGUGAACCAGCCGACAGGAGCGCUUCAGGCACUGGUGGUUCCCUCAUCUGAUUUCCCCUCCCUGCCGUUCAGGUCCUUGGUUCCCAUUAUCUUUUCACUGGUUUUCCAGUUGACUGGUCAACUGGAAAGUAUAUUAAAAAAGGCCCUCCUGGAGAUCAAAUCUCUUGGAAACAAAGAGCAAUAAUAAGUCUCAUUAAGUUCUGCCUACUUGAAAAAGUUUGCCAUGAUGAUGGGUUAAACUGAGGCCUUUAAAACUGUAACCUUUUUAUGAAGCUGACUUCCUAUGUCCAGAGCACAGGCAGGGGUGUGCUCGCCCGCGCGCCACGCUCACCUCCACUGUGAAGACGUUUCUCCUGAGACUUUCCCCAGGUUUCUAUCCCUUCCUCUCUCCUUCCUCCACAAAAAACACCGAAGAGUACUUGCUGGAGGCGGCUUGGGCAGCGGGAUGUGCUGGGUCUGUGAGGCCCAGUGGGAAAGGACAGCUUCCAGAGGGCCCUGCCUCUGCCCUUAACAACGUGGCUGCUGUGGCCGGCUGUGGCCAGCUGCUGACAAGAUGUGAGCAGAGAAGGAGACACGUCUACGGUCAUCCUGUUGCAAGAAUGUCACGUUGGCCUUCUCACAGACGUCCUCAUCCAAGUAACCAGGUAGGCGGCACCUGCUUCUGAGCCUCGUUAGGGACCCGGGUCCGAGUCUCUUCUGGAACCAGCGCCCUGCACACCACAUGUGCCCCGCCUCCUGUCACAAGUGGUUUUCUGCCGGUUUUGAUUUUCCAAAUUCUUGGACCAGAAACAAAAUGAAGAUUUCUCCAAAUUAUUAGUAAAUGAGGUAAUUUCCAACAAAGCUGCUUUUGAAACAUUUCCUAAGAACCCAAGCUGUGGCCAGCACUGCCCGUGCCUGGGGCUUACAUUCCUUCUUUGUAUGGUCUCCACCCUGAAGCCGUCCGUGUCCUGCAUGUCCGGGACAACCCUGCCAGGAGACAAAACAUGGCCUGUCGUGGCCGUUUGUUUAAUGAAUGUACAGACAUACGUUUUUUAUUAACUUUGUGUAGUAGUGUUUAUAGUAUGUUUAUAAUACAUUGCAAACAUGCUUGUGUCAUUGUCGUCACUUACACGGGUCAUUUCCUAUGCCCAUGGUCAUUGUCUGUGCCUUUGUAAAGAAACACUUCAAACAGGUGUCAGGUCGGGUCGGGUCGAUACCUUACCUACGUGGAUACUUCUAAAUAUACAUGUAUCUGACUUUCAAGGAAACUUCCACUAUGAGUGGCAUAAAAACCUUGGGUUUGUUUUUUUUUUUUUUCCCGACAGUCACAGUUGCAUGUCAUUGUUAAAAUAAUCUGCCCUGGAAAGCUGAGAAUAUUCUUGCACAAUCCAAAAAUGUGUCUUUAAUUUGAGAAAAAUAGGCAUGGUGAAUCCAAAGCGGUAAAAUGCUGCACAAAGAGUAUCAAACGAAGUUGUGCUUGUAGCCCAUGCUGGAGAUUCUUUUCCCAAAACCAGUGGGUUUUUGCUUGUGAACGGUCACUUGGACAGACCAGUAGGUUUGACAGACGCAUAUUAUGGCUUUUUACAUCUGUCUGAGUGUCGUGCUUUCCUAAGGCCUGGAGCAUUUUCAGUUUCCCUGGGUUGGAAAAAUUAAUCAAGGACGCUACUACAGAUAGAAUUCUUUUGCCUUUGACCGUCAUACUAAGGGCUUUAUUCUUUCACAAAAUCCAUACAUGCUCUGGCUGAGGCGUCUUCAUUUCCUUAGUUUACAACUAUAAAUGUCCCAGCCCCCCCGGUCAAUCUGCCUGUUUCCCUGUGUUCUGGCUGGUGAGCCAAGAGCAGAGGUGAGGUUGUGCUGACCACCCUCCGGCUCAGGUGGGAAACCUUCGAUUUUGCUGUCCUUGAAGAGUUUCUUCCAGUUUUCCUGAGGGUUCUGAUUCUGAGUUUGAUGGCCACUGGAUCCGUGCCCAGAUUUCCAAACAGAGCUGGAAACUGUCCUAACUGGUAGAAUCUUUCGUUGUCUUUUUUGUUUGUUUCAUUGGAGUAAAACCUGCAUUCACCCGAUUGGCCAUUUCUAGUCUUUGCAGAUGUGUGAGUGGAGUCUGAACCUGCCCAGGGGGUGUUGUGGGACCCAUGAGGAGGGCCACAGUCACCGAGACUUUCCCACACUGAAAAACUUGAAAAUCCUAUCAGUAAUUGUCUGCAUCAGAACCAAGUGCGAUCUGCUUCAUACCAAACAAAACUGUGGACAACUGAAAGCGCAUUGUACAAGAUGUGUAUCGUGUUCUUGUAUUUCACCUAAUUCAGUAUUCGAGUGACUAAAUCAGUACUUUCUAGAAAGUGGUUCUAUUAAGUAAUUUAGUGAGUCACUGUUAAAUCUACUGUGGUAAUAAACUGAUGCCUUUUGGCUCUUUUUGUCUAAAUUAAGCCACUUGGUAGCGACUACCUAGGACUCUGGUUCUCUCAAAAUACAAUAAAUGUUAACAGUGCCUGC